GCGAGAAAGAGAGGGUCCCCUUGACUGUGCGGCCAUGCAACGCACCAAAACAACAAGGGCGGCAAGGGAGGAAAGGCCCUACCGCUGUUUCUUGUCGCUGCUAGUCUCCAUUCCGUGCCGUCAAUAUUUUUGAUUUGUAUGUACAGUACAGUAGUUGCUUGCAAGGUAAGCCAGGCAAAACGUACGGCACUUAACGGUAGUUUGUUUUGAGUGAAUGUACAGCAGCACAAGACGCGCGCCCGGGCGGACACAACAGACUAAAUAUCAAUUCGCAUGCAGCUCGGCUUGCUUUUCCUUAGGUUGCUUACGACUUCUGACUUUUCCUAUUUUGAUCCCUUGAUGCUUGUUAUUAUUCCGGAGCCAGCUGGGCUAUAUUACCCGACGCCCCUUGGCCGUAUCCCCCCACGCGCCAUGUCACUGUUGCCUCCCUUUUCUUUCCCAUAUUACUUGUUCCUACGUGUCUGAAUCCAGGUAUUCAUCACCCGCGAGCGCUACUACCUGGGUUUGAAAGGUAUUCCCCAGGCUAUUCAUCAAACGAAACAGGGGCUUGACACCAAGAUCCUAUCUGCCGACCUUGAGGCUCCGUUGUUUCUGUUGUGCAGAUAUUCGAAACACGUCUAACACGCACCCUGCAUCCCGAUUCCUUUUAAUUCAUGAAAAAACGAGACAGGAAAACAAAAGAAAAACAACAAAACGAAACGAAGCGAGGGAGCAAGGAGCAGCGGACGACAAAAGUGAUACAGGGAGGAGGAGAAAAACAGGGAGAGAAAAAAAGAGUCAAUCGCACCACCAAUCCUCCGACCUAGUCAACUCGCCGUCCUUCAAUAGGUUGCUACCAUCUUCUGUCGUGGUACCAUCGCCACGUGCUGCAUUCCACCUGCCAAACGAUUCGCAGCAAUGUCUAAAAAUCCUGGUCGCUAAAAUACGACCUUCUUGACGCCGCUGCCCGCUGCUGUUGCCUUGUCGGUGCCAUCAUUGGACUGACCGGGCUGCUCGUGCGACGGCUGCAUUUCGGGCUCCGGGAAGCUCUCUGCGCAUUAUUGCUCCCCCACGCUUUCGAUUCGGAAGAACGAGCUUUUUGCUCAAGGGAAACAAAAAUGGACCACCCCAACGCCUCACAAGCCUCCUUCGCCCACCUGAAUCAACUACAUAACAGUCAACUGCACAACCGACGACUUCGACCACCAGACCUGGAGACAAUGGGUCUUGGUGACGAGAACCGCACUCCCCUCCGGCCUAAUACGGAAAGGCCGCGUCGUCGGGAUUCCAAGCUCCUCGGCCUGUUUAGCCGCCAGAAGAGCACCGCUGAUUUGCCCAUGCCUCAACCGCAACCGCAACCCGCAUUCUCGUCCUCGGCGAGAGAACUGGAGCUACCGCCAAGGGGUGGGUUACGUGCAUCCCUGGCCGAAAUCAGUCAUUGGCCUUAUGCACUUCAGUCUACUCGCUCCGAGGCUGCACUGCUCGAUCCAACUAUCCCAUCCCAGCUAUCGCCUUCGCCCGCUCAUCAUAGGCCACCACCUCCUCCACCUAAACCGAUCAGGAGCCCUUCAUUUAAAAAUAACAGCAUGCCGGUACCGAAUCCCCCCAGCCUACCUCCCGCAAGGUCGACAAGGGGGGCUUUGGCAACGUGGGACCCGCCGCCGUUGUUCCAAGGCUACCCCCAGGCCAUACGGUACAUCGAGCUUCCGGCUUGUACCCAAUCAGCCGAGGCCAUCCUUCGCAUGAAUGGGAGAGGCCCCGCUGAUCAGACCGAGGCCGUCCCGGACAGGACCCGAGACAAGGGCAAAAGGAGACAUCGACGGGCCAGCUCUGGAAAUUUCUUAAAGGCUGAUUGGACGACCAAGAUUUACAUCUUGGUCACGUCGGGCUACCUGCUCCAGUAUUCCGGCGAGGGCUCCUUCGACCGGCUUCCUGAGAAGAUUCUCCCCCUAGGCAAGGAAUCGGCCGCCUUCGCCAGCGAUGUUAUUCCCGGAAAGCACUGGGUGGUUCAGGUAUCGGCUUCCAUGGACUCGGACGGUACCGCGACCACUGACCCUCGGGCCUCGAUCCUGUCCCGGCUGCCAUUCCGCGGUCCCGAGAGGAGACAGGCUUCACACUUUCUCAUGGUAUUCGAGUCUGCCGAAGAGAUGGAUCAGUGGAUUGCUAUUCUUCGUCGCGAGAUAGAGCACCUGGGAGGCAAGAAGAACUUGUCCGAGACCGGAAGGCCGAAGGCCGACGACGAAAGACUCGAACUUCGGACGCAGGCCAGUCAACGAACACUGGUACUCAGGGACCCCGGACGUUUCGCCCGACCGACAGUAUUGGACGGGGACCGGUGGGGUAUUGAUGAGCAUCCUAAUCUACAGGACACCCAAUCCACCAUAUUGACCGACUCGGAUACAGCAACGGAUCAUCAGUCAUUUGACGAAGAAAUGUCGGCGACCAACAGCACGACUUCCCAUGAUGGGAGACAGCUGGAGAACCUAAGGGAUGGUUCGAACCGGCUGUCGUUCAUCUCCUCGAGCCAGCGAACUUUUUUAACCUCCGAGGGCACAUCGCCAGCAUGCUCUCCGAGUCGAACCAGCUUUUCCAGUCAGAUCGAGGAUGGUCCGUUUUCGAACGACGGUUUGUUGACGGAAGCCAAGCCGAGACCAAAUGCACAUGCCAUUCUACAAAGAAGGAUGUCAAUGCAGGCUGCCAACCCCUUUGCGGAUAUUCAGAUGGCGCCGCAGUCACAAUCCUCGCGACCCAGCAGAACGUGUUAUCUUGAUGGUACUCAUCAAAGCGUCACAAAUACGUAUUGCACACGGAACUUCAGCAUGCCACACUCGGCAAACAAGCGUUUCUCUAUGAUCUCCAGCCCAGGCUCGUCUCCCGAGCCUGCGCUAGAACUCUCACCACAUGCGACGGGACUUUCAGCGCCACCGAGACCCUCCUCGAAAAGGGGACCCCCGCCCACACUGGGAUUCUCUAGGCCGCUAUCCAUGGUUCCCGAUCAUCCUUCUCCGAUUUCGCCACCAGUUCUGAGGAAGAAGAACGGCGACAACAGACAGUGGGGGUUAGGUGCAAAUGGUCCCGAACCACGCUCUAUAUUCCAAAUCUGGGCUCAAGAGGACUCGACGAAAUCGCCCUUUGCCCCGCAAGAGGUGGCGGGUACGGAUGAACCUACGAGACGCGCCAGUGUACACGCUCUCAUGCCCAGCAGGAUGCCUCGCCACUCACCAAACUCUCAAAGCCGACAACAGACUCAUAUCAACAAUACCUUAAUAGUAACAACUCCCGAACAUGGUUCUGUCAGACCAAGGUCUUUUGCAUCACCAGGCGUCUCUGCAAGGUCUGAAACUGAUCCGCAAGGUCACUCAGGACGUGCCGCUUUGUCCGCGGCCGCUUUUCAUGGCUCGCCGACACCGCAGUGUCGCAGCCCACCCCGGUCAAACGUACUUUCCCGGGGGGUGGGAAUGAUUGAUCAUGGUUACGAUGGCGAUGCGGUCAAAGUGAAUUUUGGGCGAGUAUUCUACAAUGAUAAUCCCCAGGAGCUAUCGCCGCAGCCGCCGCCGCCAAUGACGGAAGGCCCGCCAUCGCGUCCACUCCCCCAGCCACCAACAUCACAGCCGAAGCAGACGCGACAGCGUGUGGUGCGGAAUUCGACUUCGGUGCAGAAUUUGCGGUCCGACUUCGAGACAGUGGCACUAUCAAGGCGCCAGAGCAUAAAACAUCUCGCAGACGGCCCCCCGCCAGCUCCGCCUCCCACCUGUGCGCUGCCACCCAUACCAUCGUCGCAGGGGGUCAAAGGGCGUGGGAGAAGAGCACAGACGGUUGCGAACUGAGCCUCGACGAUUUACUGAUGAUCUAAAUGACCUGUUUAUCUUCUCAUAUCCUGUUUCUUUUGUUUAUUUCUUUUCUCAUCUCGGCACUGCCUUAUAUCCAUGAUCAUUUACAAUACUAUACCCAAUCAGUUUUCAUUUGUAUACUAGGUGUCACGGCCCGGGGUAAGCAUAGCACGGAAGCUAGUCUAUUGGCAUCUAUCGACGAAGAUUCUACUCUGAGCAGAAGAAAGGAAACAAACAAAGUUCUGAGCUUGACGCGACGUAGAUAAAGGUAUCACCCUGGUGGGUCGUUGGUCAGGGGUCAGGGUUAGGGUCUGGUGAUCUCAUGGUCCAAAUGUCACACUACCCCCUUCCAAACCUCGUAUGUCGACGCAGGAGAUCAUGCGAGGCUCUUGUCAAGUUAACCAUGUCGUCGAUUUUUCCUUUUACCGUUCAAAUCUCCAUGCUCUGCCACAUUAUCCUCCUGAUUCGGUUCGUCCAACUUAUCCUCGGCAGCGGCUUUUAUCCAGAUUGCCAAUCGCUUCGGCGGUCCUGCGGCAUCUUUGUACUUCUUGUGGAAGUCGUCAAGGGCUGUCGCUGAAUUCUUGAAGUUUUCAGCCGGGUACCACGUGUCGUCUGGAUCACAUCCUUGCCAUGCGACCUGGUAUUGCAAUGUCUUACUCCGGCCAAAUAAUCGGGACGCUAAAACUUUAUCGACCACAAACUCUGGUUCUCCGUUGAUCUCUUCUGGCGGAGGCGGCUCUCUUUUCUGUUGUGGUAAUGGGUCCAUUGCGGCUUUGCGGAGGCGGUCUGCGUGGAACAAGUUUUUUCCUUUAAACGAUUCGGGUACGUCCAGAACAUAGCUAUAUCCUCGUUCUUCUAGAAUCUGCCAUGGUCCGGUCCACUGUAAAUCCAGUCUGGUCGUCGGUGCGGUUGUCGGAAACCCUUUUUUCUUGACGAAAACAUAGUCGUUAACCCCAAAAUCUACUGGUCGCCGCUUUUUGUUGGCUUGUUCUUCCUGCCUCGCCUGCGUUUUUAGCGCGUUUUGGCGAGCCAACUUUUGGACUUCUUUAGUCUGGCGGACGAUCUGCAGCGCUUUUCGUUUCUGGUCUGAAUUAACGGUCGUGGUUGGCAGGUCGGUGGACAGCGGGUUUCGGGGUUCGGUCCCGAGCACUACCUUUAACGGGCACAUACCAAGGCUGGAAUGCCACGCGGCGUUGUGGGCAAAAUCCAAAGCAGGCAAAUGUACGCUCCAACUGGUCUGGUAUUUGUCGAUAUAAAACCGUAGUUUUUGGUCCAGUUCCUGGUUGGUUAUCUCUACGGCACCUUGUGUUU